AUCACUCACGAGUCACGAGUCACUAUCAGUUCGAGCCUCGAGAGAUGGCGCCGGAUGGAGGAGGAGGACUGUAGACGUAGAGCGCAUGUUAGAAGGGCGACGCUCUGUGAAAAGGACGCGGGACCACGAAAACGCAACCAAACACGAAACAACGCCCAUUGACCACCAGCCCAAGGAAUGUCUAACCCUCCUAUUUCUCUUUUCUGGCUCAAACUCUACUACUAUUUGGGUUUGAUUUGAUUUUAUUUUUAUUUUUGUUUUUUACAGUAUUUCUCUCCGAUUCGCCUCAUUUUUUUGUUUCUAUUAUUCCGUCAUUCUCUCUCUUUCUCCCUUUCUCUCUGUGUGUCGCUCAUCGCUUCCACCAGAGACCAAUAUUAGUUAAUUAAAGAACGGGUAGAUUCAAAAAGAACGAGGAAUUCCCAUUAUUUCUUCGCUAAAGGGGAGGUCACAAAGUUUUUUUAGGAGUGACGCACGAAGGACAUACUUAUCCGAGUGGUAAAUCAGGUUUCGUUGUUAUUGGGAAGACUAUUAGGAAACCCAGCUGAAGGAAACCUACAAUGCCGAGCUUGAGCACUAUUCUCAGAACAAUUUUAUGUGCACGACCGGGCUUUAUAAAGCUGCAGAGAGUGACAUGAAGCAGUUGGUCUUGUGGUGAUUUAUUUUGCAUGGUUUCUGGAGACAAAUGUCUUAAAGGAGCAUAAUUUUGUUCACUAGAUGCUUACAUAGAGCAGUAUGGGCUUAAAAUACCGCACAUUCAUGUUGCCUUGGAGACGCAUCUUUGAACCUUAAUUUUUCUUUGUUUUCCUGCUGGUUUGUGCGCCAUUGGAUAUACAUUCGAUUCCUUUCUUUCUUUGCUUUUUCAUCGUCAACAUCAUUACACAACCUUAUUUACAGAAAAAGACGAUGUUCAUAGGCCAAUAUUUUAUUUGCAAAAUCCUAAUUCUGGAGGUUCAAUAAAUGGUGUUUUUCUUGGUUAACAUCCACUAUAUUUUGCUGCAGGUUGACAAUUUUGCGUUACCUUGGCAGGUUUUGGUAUUUGGAAGUUCCUUGGCGUGGCAACCCUAAGUCUGUCUAGUCUUUCUGCUUCUUGUUGAAAUAUUUAUUUAGAGACCAGGGAUUUAAUGAAAUUGGUAUAGUGCAAUGAUUUUGUGCUACUAGUGAGAUCCUCCAAACUCUGCCUAGUGAUGGCGAUUGCUGGUUCUUUGCAAUUGUCCCAUGAAUUGGGACUUUGCAAGAACCAUGUACAUGGUAACCGACUCAAGAUGAUGAUGGGUAGAGGCCGAUUACAUUUGUUGAGUGUUGCUCUUUCAUCACAUGCUUUGCGGCAGGAUGCUUGGACUCAGCGUGUCUCAAGCAGUAUAAACAGGCCGAUACAUUCUUUGAAUUCCAGAUAUAAUGUUUUCAUGUGCCAGUCUGUUCUAUUGCCAGGUCAGGGAAAUGGGAUUCCCAUCCUGAAAACUGCUACCAUGGCGUUGACGAGGUCACUUAGUGCUCUAAAUGGGAGUCCUGUUGUGGUUAAGUUGGCUCCAGCAGUUGGUAUCAUCAUCUUCACAAUCUGGGGGCUUGGGCCUCUCAUGCGUAUGACUAGGAACUUUUUACUUCAUAGGAGUGAUAGUAGCUGGAGAAAGAGUAACACACAUUAUGUUAUGACCUCUUAUCUUCAACCUAUGUUGCUGUGGGUUGGAGCAACACUUAUCUGCAGGGCAUUGGAUCCAGUUGUUCUACCAUCAGAAGCUAGCCAGGCUGUUAAACAACGCCUUUUACAUUUUGUGAGAUCAUUAUCAACCGUCCUGGCCUUUGCCUAUUGUCUAUCAAGUGUGAUUCAACAAACCCAGAAAUUCUUUAUGGAGAAGGUCGACCCUAGUGAUACAAGAAAUAUGGGUUUCAGCUUUGCUGGAAAAGCUGUAUAUAGUGCAGUAUGGGUUGCUGCUGUUUCUUUGUUCAUGGAAUUGCUAGGUUUCUCCACGCAGAAGUGGCUUACUGCUGGAGGUCUUGGAACAGUAUUGCUGACCCUUGCUGGUCGUGAGAUAUUCACGAAUUUCCUCUCUAGUGUGAUGAUUCAUGCAACACGACCAUUUGUUGUGAAUGAAUGGAUUCAGACAAAGAUUGAAGGCUAUGAAGUUUCUGGGACUGUAGAGCAUGUUGGUUGGUGGUCACCAACAAUUAUUCGAGGUGAAGAUCGUGAAGCUGUUCACAUUCCAAAUCACAAGUUUACAGUUAAUGUUGUUAGGAAUCUGAGUCAGAAAAGUCAUUGGCGCAUCAAAACCCACCUUGCCAUCAGUCACUUGGAUGUCAAUAAAAUUAAUAAUAUUGUAGCAGACAUGCGCAAGGUGUUGGCCAAAAAUCCUCAAGUGGAGCAGCAGAGAUUGCAUAGGAGAGUGUUUCUAGACAAUGUUGAUCCAGAAAAUCAGGCUCUUCUGAUUUUGAUUUCCUGCUUUGUGAAGACUUCCCAUUUUGAAGAAUACCUCUGUGUUAAGGAAGCCAUUUUGUUGGAUCUCCUCAGAGUCAUCAGCCAUCACCGUGCCCGGCUUGCCACUCCCAUCCGAACAGUUCAGAAAAUAUACAGUGAUAAAGACAUGGAAAAUGUACCUUUUGCGGAUACCAUCUUUACCCGUACUGGUUCAGCUGCUAACCGUCCAUUCUUACUGAUUGAGCCUCCAUACAGAAUUAACAAUGAUGAUAAAAUGAAAGCUCAAGGUCGUCCAGUGCGUACAAAUGAAGAACAGGAUGCAAAGGUAGCAGGGACACAAACAUCAGACUCCAAAGUAGAUGCCAAGGUUGGGACAGGGCCAUCAUCUGACUCCAAGACAGAUGUAAAGGUUGGAACAACACCAAUGUCCGACUCCAAGGCGGAAACAAUGGUUGCAGCAACAUCAAUUCCUGAUUCCAAAGUAGAUGGUAAGGUCGCAAUAGUGUCAUCGUCUGACUCCAAAGCAGAUCCUAAAGUUGCAGCUAUGUCAGUAUCAUCUGAGUCCAAGAUGCAGAGUUCUGCGUCCGAUGGCUCACCCCAAACCAAUCCUGACAAGCAGGCCAAAAAGGCAAGUCCAGGUGGUGCACGACAAAAGAGCAGCAAGGUUGCUAAUAUGCCAAUGGCAACGACUUCACAUUCACAGCAAGAUGGUGAGAGGCCGCCAGUUACACCACCUCAAAUUUCCAGGCCUGCCUUGGAGGACAAUAUUGUUCUUGGUGUUGCUCUAGAGGGCUCAAAGCGAACACUUCCUAUUGAGGAAGGAAUGGAUUCGUCUCCAACCAGUGCAGAAGCCAAAGAAUUGGCGGCCUGUCGAAAUGGGAAUGGGUCUUCCUCUACCGGGAGUGAUAAGGAAGAGGGCCAGAUACGAGCAGCACCUGGUGCAACAGCAGGAGAUCAGCGGGAUCAGGGGAGGUGAUUGAUGCUUUUGUUGUUUACUCGUAGCAGUUUUUAACUUUUCCCGGUUUCCUUGGAUUGAAAGAUGCAUGAGGCUGUGUUUUUGAAGGCUGGCUGAUGAAUAUGAUACAUUGUAUAUGUCCCAUUAAAAAAAUGUAAAAUUCAUUUCAUCUCGAUCAAAGCAGUCAAUUCUCCAUAGGGGGGCGAUCUAUGCUGGUUGGUUGUAUCAUGUUCGGAUAUGCUAGAAACAAGGGGUUAUUUACAUCCGUUUAAUUGGGAUGAAGCUUACUGGCUUAGUUGAUGAUGAUGAACGAGUCUCAUCCAAUUGCCAUGAGAAAUAAUGAAAUUGAUCCAAGAGUUGGAUGUUUACAAACGUUUCUAACGUUUCUCCUUUUGUAGUGUUGUUAUAAAUCCUAGCUAAUUGCAUACAGAUUACAGGCAUACAGCUUAUUUGUUGAUUAUAGAAAUCAAUCACAUGUUGACUA